AUGCCGCUAUCGUUCUCACGUCGCGUGUCGUUACUGCCCAGGAGUUUUGUGGCCGAUUCAACAAGGAGAAGAACGACUACUUAUCCUCUCGCGAAUAGCUCCCGUAAGAAGGAUAGACGAUGGCCUCUCGUUCUUCGUUUCUGGAAGGGUUCUAUCCACGGCACCAUCCUCUUCCCAGUCUUCGUUCACUCGAUCCUUGCCGCUUUCGUUGUCUAUGUGAAUCAGCAUAUAAAUAGCGAUUUCAACUUACCGAGUAGUAUCAUCCCCUCCCUCUCAAUAGUAGUCGGUCUCAUGCUCGUCUUCCGUAACCAAACAGCCUACUCCCGCUUCUGGGGCGGCCGCUGCCAUCUCAACACAGUAACAACAUCUAUACGCUGUCUCUCACGCCAAAUCCUCGUUCUAGUCCCCGCCCCUUCAACAUUCGGACUGCAACUCCACUCCGUCGUAUCCAACGACUCUCUCCUCCACAGGAACUACCCACCUAGUCACCGAGCAUCUAAAGACCCAGCCGUUCCUGACAAGAGCGCUUUCUCAGCAUCCAAAUCCUCGCUUGGACUCGGAGCCGGGAAUGGAAGUACGGGGUCGGAUGUGAAUGCUGAGGGCUCAGUGACGCUCUCAAGAGCUGAUGAGAUGAAGACUAUUGAGACGGUCAAGAUUCUCAUUGCGAUGUUGUACACGAUCAAGAACCAUUUGCGUGCGGAAUGGGGAGUUGCUCUUAGCCCAGGGACUAUGCUUGGGCCUGAUGGGCAGGAGAGUACGGGUGAUGAAUAUAAAGAUCUGUUACCACCGGGGCUGAAAGGAUAUGAGCAUCGUGGGUUAGGACUGACUCUUGAGCUGGCGACGUUUGUGGAGAAGUUUAUCGCAGUUGGUGUUAAGAAGGAAUGGUUCCACAAUGCAGCAUCAGCCUCCAUGCUAACAUCACUCAACGCUCUCACAUCCGCAUACGGAAGCAUGGAAGUCAUCCGACUCGUUCCAAUUCCAGUUGCCCAUCUAAUCCACCACAAACAAACUCUCGCUCUCUUCUGCGGCAUCCUCCCCUUCGCAAUGGCCUCCGAAAUGGACUGGUGGGCCGUCCCACUCGUAGCCUUCGUAGCAUUCACCCUCUACGGCAUAGAAGGCAUAGCCCAAACCUACGAAGACCCCUUCGGCAUCGAAAAGAUCGACAUCAACAUGGACGACAUCGUCGAGGACGCCCGCAAAGAAGUAGAAGUCAUGCUCACAGCCUGGCAAACCCAAGGUCCCUCCUCAACCUCCACCUCCACCAACACAACCAACUACAACGGCUCCAUCUUCCGCCCCCGCGUAGGCGGCUUUCUCGAUACGCCUCGCUCCGUCGACGAGUCUGAGGAUUUGACUAUGUCUAUGCCUAAUUUACCUACUCUGCCUGGUAAUGCUCCCAGCGGUUCUGGUAUGGGAGCAGGUGCAGGAACCGGAGGAGCAGGAGGAUUCUACGCGAACGACACAGCCAACGAAUCCCGCUCUCGCAGCCAAGUCCGGUUUCUGGUCAAUCCAGCGCAGGGUACGUCUCCAGGUACUGCGACGACGAGAAGGGAAGAUAGUGGGUUCAGUGCGUAUACGGAUGAUGAGCCUGUGGAGAUUAAGCAUAGGGCUUCGUCUAGGCUUUCGAGGGCUGUUAGUCCGGGGUCUAGUACGCCUGAGGGGGAGGGAGAGGGUGAAGCUAGGGAAGGGAGAGGGUGA